AUGUGUGGAGGCAGUACUUGGAAGCGAGAAGUCGUCCCGGACCAUAAGUUCGAUUUCGUCGAUACCCGGGACUUCACCGACCAUUCAUGCGGAAUGCGCAUGAAGUAUCUAUGGCUAUAUAUCACCGUCCUCAUUUCAUUUCUUGUCUAUGUCUCCGACAUUUUCACCGCGGUGACUAUGUUAACGUCCAAGACGUGGUCAAAUCAGAUUUACAACGACUGUACACAAGGUGCCGGAAACGGCUGUGUCUACAUCCCGUUCAGCAUCGGAAAGUGGCUCUUCUUUGGAUGUAUCAUUGCAUCAUUUUUACUUGUCAGUGUCCACCCACUUCCUCCACAAAUGCCAGAACCUGACCUCUUGCAGCUGGCGUACGAGAUGCACAAGGCGAAGAAGAUCAUCGCCAGCCGUGAUAUAUCUUAUGCGUUCACCAAUGUUUUAGCAAACCACUACUACUCCCUUCGGUCGUACGAUCAUUUUUGUUUCUUCUGCCAUAUUUCAAGCUCUACGAAGAAAAUGGACGACUUCGCCUUUUUCGUCUUCUUCACGUUCAAAGGUUGGAAGCGACUAGUCUUUGCCGAAGGACCACGCCAGUCAAUUAAUGCACUCACUCUAUAUGCGCUCUAUCUGUCGCGCGAGAGUCAAGGUGAAUGGUACGAUUUGAGAAAGUACUUCGCCGGUAACGACUAUAUCACAACGGCUCUUACAAUCUCGACCGCUUUCACUACGCUUAUCUUCGCCCUAUCCUUGCUCAUGCUUAUUGCUGCUGCCAUAUGCUAUGUUCCACUGCUGUGUUACAUCCAAGGAAACCUGAAGGAAUAUUGCUGCUAUAAGGUCGACAAGCGUAUCGCGGAGAUCAUCAAACGGAGGAAUAAGCAGCGAUUGGCGAAAGCUGCCGCUCUCGCCAAGAAGGAAGCGGCUGGAGACUUCUCUCACCUGAAGAACAAGAAGGGUGAAUUCAUCGCUAAGCCUCUCCCGCAGCCGACUCUGCCGAAUGUUUCUCUCGAUGAUGAAGACGAUAAAGCGUCCAUGCGCACGCGUGGGCCGCAAGCGAGUAUCUAUAGCACGCAAAACGACUACUACUACGAGCCGAGUGGGGCCAACCAGUUCAAUCCCGAUUACAACCCGGCAGACUUCCCACCAAUGCCAGCCUACAAUCAACCAUACCCAUCCCAACAUCAAUAUACGCAGUCUGUCGGCACUUUGCCUGAGGAGCAAGGCGUUUACGAGGAGGACUAUGGAAGUACGGCUCAUCUUACGAGUAGCGCUGCACCAUUUGCCAGAACCGAGCCGACGCGUGCAAUGGGUAAUCCAUAUAGUGUUUAUGGCGGGUCGCAGAGCGCCGUUCCCCUCGAUCCACAAUACGCCCAGUAUCAGCAUCAUGACUCACCAGAGUUCCAUACUGAUCACUAA